AUGUGGUCAGGUUCUGUUCCUGCUUUUGAAGAAUUUGUGAAGGCUCUCAAUGACAACAACAUCAAUCUGAAACUAACUCAUGUUAUUGAUGAGCAUGAAUUAGUUUUUUUAGAUCUUAAGAUUUUGCUACAACAAGACGGGACUAUCCAAACAGAACUAUUUAGGAAAGCCACCUCGACUAAUAGUCUGUUACAUUGGGAUAGUCACCAUCCAUAUAAAUUAAAAGCUUCCAUUCCUUAUGGACAGUAUCUACGAGCAUGGCGCAACUGCUCGGUUGACCAAACCUUUUACGAUGAAUGCAAAAUAUUAAGAUCGCGCUUUAAGGAACUUGGUUACCCGAACCGAGUUUUAAAAAGGGCAUUCCAGCGGGUCAGCGGAACACAAGUAAUCGAUGUUAUCGAGCAAGGAGCAGGGGCACACCCAGAUGGUCCCCAGAUUCCAGUUGCUUCUGAUAGUGAUUCAUUCUCCUCACCAGAUGAGGACAAGUUAGCCACUUUUGAGAAACAACUCGAAGAUGAGUACAAAGUUAAGAGCGAAGCAGAAAAGCUGAUAAAGGCGUAUUCUACCGACCGCUCCAAAGAUCAGAAACAUCUCAGUGAUGCUCAGAAAAUACUCCAUGACAGCAAAAGAAAAAUAGAAAUUUUGCGCAUGUUGAUUCUCCAACAUAAAGAAACACCUACAAUAAGUCCAUUGGAGAAACGCAUUGAGGAGUUGAGCCACCGAUUUGCGAUCGAGCGUGCCGUGGCUGAAGGAGCCAAACAUGCCAUCCAGAAAUUGGAUGGAAAGCCGCUUGUUGAGGCACAAUCAAUACUACAGGCGUCAAAUGAAAAGCUGGACCUCCUUAAAUAUUCCUUGCAGGAACGAGUGAAAGAACUUCCUGAUGGCCACCAUAGGAAGAGUAUAACCACCGAGGAACUGUCCCUUGGUUCAGUCAAAUCCAAGUCCAUAGCACUAACCGAAUACAGGAGAUUAGACUCCUUUGAUGAAAGCAAACCUCUAGAGCUUUGUGUAAAGCUAAUAGAUGAACCUUUAUAUUGUGAAGUCCGUACUCAGCUGAAGAUCGAUCAUAUUCCAGUGGGUUCAACAAGUUGGAAAACUGUUUCUAACCCAUCCUGGAAUAAGACAUUUAAACUGGAUUUAGAUAAGUCUCGGGAGCUAGAAAUAUCCUUAUAUUGGCAUGAUCAGAGAUCACUGUGUGCCACAAAGACUCUGAAGUUGGAAGAAUUCCUGUUGAACCCCAAACAGGAACUGUGUCUACAACUGGAACCACAGGGCACCCUUUUCAUCAAGGUGACGUUUUCCAGUCCUUUCACCCAGAAAAGGCCAAAGCUUCAAACAAUUAAGAAAUUAAUCUCCUCAAAACAAGAGGAGACCACCGAACCAGCUCCACUGGAGGAUGCAGCUAUUGAUGCUCAUUCGCUGCCAGAAUCGGAUACUGAGAGCGUGGAUUCAUCGGCGCCGGCUGUGGAUACUGAAACGGAAAAGACCAUCCAGCCAGCUCCAGAAGAAGAUGUUGUUACUGACAAUCCUAUAUUGCCAGUAGCCACUGAGAGCAUGCGCCCAUUAACACCUGAUGCUGAUACCAUUACAGAAGAGACCUUCCAACCACCUCCAGUGGAAGCUACAACUAUUGACAAUGUACCAGUAGUGGACACUGAGAAUGUGGAUUCAACACUACCAGCUAUCAACACCAUUAGUGAAGAAACUAUCCAACCACCUCCAGUGGAAGCUAGAAUUUUUGACAAUGCUCCACUGCCAGUAGCAGUAGAGGACUCUGUGAGCAUGGAACCAUUACCACCAGCUAUUGUAAGCUUGCUAGAAAUGACAAUCCAACCAGCUCUAGAAGUUGAUUUAGUUACUGACCCUACUCCAUUGCCAGUAAAGGACACGGACAGCGUGGAGCCAUCGGUGCCAGCUGUUGAUGAAAUUACAGAAAAGACAAUUCAACCAGCUCCAGAGGAGGAUGCAGCUAUUAAUCCUCAAUCACUACCAGUAGAGGACUCUGAGAGCAUGAAGCCAUUGCUGCCAGCUGACGAUGAAGAUACAGAAAAGACAAUCCAACCACCUCCAGAGGAGGAUGCAGCUAUUAAUCCUCAAUCACUACCAGUAGAGGACUCUGAGAGCAUGAAGCCAUUGCUGCCAGCUGACGAUGAAGAUACAGAAAAGAUAAUCCAACCAGCUCCAGAGCAGGCUGUAGUAAUUGACACGCCUCAAGUGUCAGCAGUGGACAAUAAGAAAGUGGAAUCAUCACCACCUGGUGCUGCUACUGAUAUGGAAAAAGCAUCCAAACAUCAACAGAGAAAGAUGCAGUUAUUGAUAUUGAUAACAUUGCAGAAGAAACCACUGGACCACCAAAGGGUUUAUAUUCAGCAAGGAGCUCGGCUGAGCAUUCAGGAUUUUGAUUGUCUCUGUGUGCUGGGAAGAGGAGCAUUUGGAAAGGUGGGUUAUGGUGUGAAUUCCACUUUCAAUAUAAAAGGUGUCAAGAUAAAUGCUAGGCUUAUAUGUGAAAAGGAAAUCCUACAGACUGUGAGCGAAGUACAGCAUCCUUUCCUUGUUAACAUGUUGGUAAGUUUCCAGACUCAGGGUCAUUUUUGUUUUUUAAUGGAGUAUGCCGCUGGUGGGGACUUAAUGACCGAUAUUAGGAACAACAACUUUCAGCCAUUUUCCACAACCAGAGCUGUGUUUUAUGCGGCGUGUUGUGUGCUCGGCCUGGAUUUCUUGCAUCAAAACGAUAUUGUUCACAGAGAUCUCAAAUUGGAAAACAUUGUAAUUGACAUAGAUGGAUUUGCCAAAAUUACAGACUUUGGUCUUAGUAAACAAGGGAUGGGAUAUGGAGAACAAGACAGAACAUAUUGUGGCACCCUGCAUUACAUGGCACCGGAAAUGGUUUGCGGUAAACCAUACACAACAUCUAUUGACUGGUGGAGUCUCGGUGCAGUUAUUUAUAUAAUGCUGUGUGGAAUGCUUUUGCAUAAAGAUCCCAAAGUCCGUCUAGGAGCCAGCGAGAAUGAUGCCUGGGAUCUGAAGAGCCACCCUUUUUUUAAACAAAUAGACUGGUUCGCAUUAUUGUUUAAGAGUGUCAGGCCGCCAUGCGUACCAUCCAUCGAGGGACCAGACGACGUCCGCUACUUUAAUAGAAUGUACACAUCAUGCGCCCCCAUUCUGACACCGCCAGGCGAGUCUGAGUCACUAUCUGAUGUAGAGCUGGAGCUAUUCAAAGAUUUUGACUGGGUUUCCGAUAGGAUUUAA